AUGGCUGCUACUAUUGACAUUUUAGAAGAACGUGUGAAAAACUUGGAAAAUUUGGUUUUUGGAUCUUCUGAUAAGGAUGUAGAAUGUCCUAAGGGUAAACCUGCCAAUGUCAAGUGUGUUGAAUCUCUUCACAAUGUCCAUUCUAAAAUGAUGGUGUCUGUUGCUGGUCACAAAAAUAUUGCUGAAUCUUUUAGCAAAUUGGCACAAAUUGAAAAAUAUCUGGACCCUGAAUAUACAGAUGAAUUAACAAUAACACAGCCUGCAAAAUUGGAAAUGAUCCUUGCUGAGGAAAACCUAAUCAAACAAACUGCAUCUUCCAUGGAGGAGCUUAAAUGCUUAGAAGAAGUCAUCAGUAGUGAACAUAUAAAAGGGACACCGUUUUUUUCAUGUAAGUUCAAAAACACCCCCUCCAUCUCUGCUAUCCAUUUGUGUUUGUUAUACUUACUCUAUCAGCAUGAAAAAAAAAACUUAUUGCAUGUACUUAACCUAUAG